AAUUCAAAAUCGCUCUCAACUCUUGGACGAGCACAGCUUGAUUCUCUUGUCAAACAGGUCUYCUGACUACUUAAGGCAUUGCUAAAAUGAAGUACAUUUUCAUUUUGCUCCUUAUUGGAAGCUGCUUGGCUGUUUUAGCUCAAUGUAAGUCGAAGCAUAAAAAAGUKUCCAAAAAUGAAGAGCAAGAUGUCGAUUUAUCUGACAAGAAAGACGACAAGGAACAAACAUCUGAAAGUGAUUUGAACGAAGAUGCUGAGCAGGACGAUGAUGAUGAUGACGAUGAAAUUUCUUCCGGAAGUGGAGAAGAUUUGGACAAACGUAAACAAGUCAAACCAGAGAAAGAAGAGGAUCUCGUAUCAUGGAAAUGCGAAGAUAAUGCAUGUUCGGCUUGUGUAGAUCUCCCCCUCGUUGAUGAAAAAUGUAUUGAAGCCAAGGCAAUAAGGGAAGACAAUGGAACUGUAAACGYCAUAAAGUUUUCAUAUCUUUCUGACGGAAAAUUAAAAAAGAACUGGGAGAAAAAAGUAAACAGCACCAUAGUACUCUCCUACAAGUUUGUUGAAAUCACUCUCUAUGACAUUUCGAUUGCCAGAGAGAAGUUUGGUGGUUGUGCGAAAAUAAAGAUCAGCCUUCCGAUAAAGGACAUUAAACAUGACUUCAAAUGUUGGCAUUAUAACUUUACAGACGCGCCUAACCAAYCGGAAGACGAUGUACCAAUCCGUAUCAGACAUGGAAGAUGGCUCCCAAGGAGAAAACCAAAAACAUCAAAACAAUAAAUGUAAACUUGACUUGAUGCUGAAUCCCUUAAGACGAUAACUCAGCCUUUGUCSUUCCUCUGCUGCUGUAAGGGAUACAUGGAAAUGGAGAAGUCKUAGUCKUUACCUUUCAACGUAAAAUUAUUGAAUUGUAAACACGAAAAYUGUCUCAAUAAACAAAACAUGAAUUUG